CGCCAUCCUUUUAGAACCAGCAAUUCUAAUGUUGUGAAAUCGUAUAUUAGCAAUUGUAUUUAUUUUGUAAUUUUAAUACAAAUCAGAUAACAAAUUAUAACAAAAAUAAUGGCUAAAAGUUUACGAAGUAAAUGGAGAAGAAAAUGUCGUGCUGUAAAACGUGUACGAUAUGGUGAAAAAGAAUUAGCUAGAUUAAAGAAAACAUUGGGUAUCGAUGAAAAUAAACCUGUUGAGACAGUAAUGGAAGAUUUAACCGAAGUUGCAAAUGUGGUGACAGCUGAAAAUCUAACAAAAACAGUUGAAAACGACGAAACAGUUGAAGAAAUGGAUGAUGGAACAGUUAAACGAGUAUAUGAUCCAAAAACAAUGCGUGAUCAAUUUGGAAAUUAUCCAAUUUGGAUGAAUAAACGACGAUUAUUAAAGAAAAGAAAACAAAAUAAACUGAAAAAUAAUAAGAAACAACUAAAAAAGAAAAAUAAACGUAAACAUUAGAACUAAAACAGUUAUUUGUAAUUAUUAUUUUUUUUUUUUUGUCAAUAAGUCUAUUUGUUUGUAUAAAAAUCUGCAUUUUGUUAAUGAAAUGUUUAAAUAUAUUUUUCUAAAGCAUGAAAAUCAUAAUCUUGA